AUGGACAAAGCACCACAACAAGACAGUAAGGAUGGGAAGGGAUCGAUCCUUGACUGGGUCAAACCCGGUGACAAGAGCGGCGAGUUCAAGCGCCAAACAUCCGUCUUCAGAAACUGGAUCCAGAACAAGCCUGAUGCCGAAUUCCCACCUGAGAAAGGUCGCUACCAUCUCUAUGUCUCCUACGCCUGUCCCUGGGCGCACCGCACACUCAUCGUGCGCCACCUAAAGGGCCUCGAAGACAUCAUCUCCUACAACAGCGUCCACUGGCACAUGGCGGAGAAGGGCUGGCGAUUCGCUGCUUCUGACGAACAUGUUUCUGGUAACACCACACCAGACCCGAUCCACGAAGGAUACACGCAUCUACGCGACAUCUACUUUGAGCAGAACCCAGACUACGAAGGCCGCUUCACGGUGCCGACGCUGUACGACAAGAAGGCCAAGAAGAUCGUCAGCAAUGAGAGUGCGGAAAUCAUAAGGAUGAUGUACACCGAAUUCGACGAUCUCGUCGAGGAGAAAUACAGGAAGGUAGAUCUAUUCCCCAAGGACUUUCAGAAGGACAUCGAGGCCAUGAACGACUGGGUGUACAACGAUGUGAACAACGGUGUUUACAAGUCGGGAUUCGCUACCACGGAGGAGGCAUACACAAAGGCCGUGACGCAGCUUUUCAAGUCUCUUGAUCGGUUGGAAGAAUCCAUGGCUCAGUCUUCCACACCAUAUCUACUGUCAAGCCCGCACGUGACGGAAGCCGAUGUCCGCCUUUUCACCACGAUCAUCCGCUUCGAUCCCGUGUACGUUCAGCACUUCAAGUGCAAUAUCCGCGAUAUCAGAUCGGGAUACCCGCACCUUCACAAGUGGAUGCGCCAUCUGUACUGGGACUACCCCGCUUUCAAAGAAACCACAGACUUUGAGCACAUCAAGAAGCAUUACACAAAGAGCCAUGGUCAGAUCAACAAGUUCCAGAUUACGCCCAUUGGGCCUUUGCCGGAUAUCUUUGAGAAGGACGACGAAGUGCCCAGUGUCAAGGCCGCGAAGAAGUAG